UAAUUGAGGAAAUUUCCUUGAUAUUUUUCUUACUGUACCAGAAGUCUAUUUUGGUGGUAUUUAUAUCUUGCAUUGACCCACUUCCGAGAGAGAGAGAGAGAGCAUAUAUGAAAUGAUGAUCAUGGCAUGAGGGUCAUCAUCACCCCUAUCUGAUCUUCUAUUUCUGAGGAAGUAUUCCUCAUCGUUGUUCCUAGGUUGGUUUUCAUGGUAGCUAUAGCUCUAUGUUGGCUUAUUAAGAGAACAAGUCUGAGAUAAAAGGACCUCAGCUCGCACUUACUCUCCAAUUUACCACCGUACGACGCCUCCACUGACCACCGACCACCGCCGGCGCCACCGCCAGCACCAACCCUACUUUGAUCCAUACGUACCUAACUAAUUAUUCCACUCUUCCAUUACGUGAAUUUUUUUUGGGUUCUCUCGCGGCAUGAAAUGAACAAGCUUGCAAUAUAUUCAAACAUAAGAAACCUGAAGCAGUAUAAGUAAUUGGCGAGAAGGAAAUUGAUGAAUUAGCAAGUUUAUGAGCUUUAUGUAAUUGAUUUGAUGGCUCGACAAGUGUGUGAAGACAAAUCAUCAUCUGGAUUCUGCUACUCUGAUGCAUCAUCGGGAAAUCCAACGAUGCUGGUGAACCAGAUCCAAGGCUUUGUGUCGGACCCUGAGAUGUUCAACCUCACCACUGGCAUGGAAAUGAUAGGGUUUCCAAAGAGUGACACCAACGCUGCCAUGUGGAGAAGUUUCAUAUCCAAACAUGCUCCUUCCUCUUCCAAAACCAUCAACGACUCUUCCACCACUUUCUACCACCACGACUACAACAACAACAAGCCUUCAGAUUUCACUUCUGAAACAAGUGCUGAGAAUUUAAUCGUGCCGUGGCAAGACGAGGGCGACCACAACAACAACAGGUUACUCGUUGAUGACUCUUCCUUAAGGUGCGUGUUCCCUUGUGAAGCCAACGAAAGGCCUAGUCAAGGUCUUUCUCUCUCUCUUAGCUCAACCAACCCUUCCUCUAUCGGGUUGCAAUCUUUUGAGCUGAGACAAACAAGCCAUCAUCCUGAUUUUGUUUCCAGAGAAGGGUUCUUUGGAAAAUCAGCGAGUGUUCAACAGCAACAGAUGUUACAAGCUGCGAAUCCUUACCAACAAGGACUUCCUGCGUACCUGGUGCCAGCACAGGAUCUUCUGAACGAGUUUUGUAGUCUUGGCGUGAAGCAAAGCGACGUGGGAAAGGUGAAAUCGUCGAAGAAGCAGUGGGAAGAGGAAAAUAAUAAUCAUAACAACAAUAACGGUAUCGGUUCCUCGAAGAAGGCUUCUCUCACCUCUCUAGAGUUCGUGGAGCUGCAGAAGAGAAAGACAAAGCUGCUUGCUAUGCUGGAAGAGGUGGACAGAAGGUACAAGCACUACCGCAACCAGAUGAGGAGCGUGGUGUCGUCGUUUGAAGCCGUAGCGGGGAACGGCGCCGCCACCGUGUACUCGGCGUUGGCGUUGAAAGCCAUGUCAAGACAUUUUAGGUGUUUGAAAGAUGGGAUUUUGGGGCAGAUUCAAGCGUUGAGAAAAGCCAUGGGAGAGAAAGACCCAAUUGCACCAGGCACAACAAGGGGCGAAACACCAAGACUCAAAGUCAUUGACCAAACACUGAGACAACAAAGGGCGUUUCAACAAAUGAGCAUGAUGGAAACUCAUCCAUGGAGACCCCAACGUGGCCUUCCGGAGCGUGCCGUUUCGGUUCUUCGGGCUUGGCUUUUUGAGCAUUUUCUCCAUCCGUACCCAAGUGACGUUGAUAAACAUAUUUUAGCUCGCCAAACGGGUCUCUCGAGAGGCCAGGUUUCAAAUUGGUUUAUAAAUGCAAGGGUGAGGCUAUGGAAACCAAUGGUGGAGGAAAUGUACUUGGAGGAAGUGAAGGAUCACGAAAACAACAUAGCUUCCUCAGAGGGGGGUACCGAUCAAGACAAUGACAUAAACCCAAAUGUUCAAAACCCUCCACCUCCCUCAUCACGAUCAGAGGAUCAAAAGCCAUCACUUAUUCGAAUUGACUCGGAGUGUGCGUCCUCCAUCGUCAAUAACCACACCCCAGAUAACAAAAACGACCCAAAGGAGUGCUUUGGGUCGGUGGAGCUUGAUUUUUCAUCCUACACGCACCACUCCUCGGGCAUGGUUUCUUACGAUCAAAAUGGGACCAACAACAACAACAACGUUAACAAGAGCGGGGUGUCUUUGACGCUAGGGUUACAACAACAUGGGGUUAGUCUAGCGUUCCCGCCAGCAACACAGAGUUCACUGUACUACCCAAGGGAUCAAAUUGAAGAUUGUCAACCAGUUCAGUACUCUCUUUUGGAUGCUGAACCUCAAAACUUGCCCUACAGGAAUUUGAUGGGAGCACAGCUACUUCAUGAUUUAGCAGGGUAAAUCCAUCAUCAUACAUUCUUCAUGGUGAGUAUAAUCAAAGAAAUUAAUGAAGAUUACUUUUUCUUAAUUACUCUUAUAGCUACGUACAAAAUUAUAUAGUACACAAUUAUAUACUUGGUUAGAUAAACGUACACUUUAAUUUCAACAUGUGUAUGCCUAUAUAAUUUGGAAUUCGAAUUCGUAAUUAAGUCAACAUUUAUACAGAA